AUGCUUCUUUGUCAACAAAAGCCUGUGAUUGUUAACAAUAAUGAAAUUGACAAAAAUCUUAAUUCAGUAUUUUUAACAUGUCCUCAAUUAGCUGCUUAUAUAACUGCUAUUACAAAUGCUACCGAUCGAACAAUAUUAGUAAUUGAUUGCGGUUCACCGUUACGACAUACUGAAAGACGGAUUCAAGGCUCAGUUUUAUUAAAUGUAAAUGAUAAAAUAUCUCGAAAACGUUUAGCAACUCGUGGUUUAAAAAAUUUCUUAGAUAAUAAUCAAUUAAAUCGUUUAAAUAGCAAUGAAAUUAUUAUUUUAUAUGAUGAUUCUAUUCGCUCAGCAACAUUAUGUGCUAAUGAAUCAAUUCAAUCUCAACUUUCACCAUCAAUGAAAUGUGUUUAUGAUGAAAUAAAACGAUAUGAUGCGAAUAAAACUAUUUAUAUUCUUGGAUCACCAUUUGAUGAAUUUUAUCAACAUUAUCCAUCACUUUGCUAUAUUAGUACAUCAACAGACGAAGAUAUUUCAUCGCCGGCACCAUUGACAGCCGCACCAAUAGAUAUUGAAUCAUUUCAAUUAUCUGAAAUUAUACCUGGUCUUUAUCUCGGUAGUGCACAUGAUGCUGAAAAUGUAAAUUUAUUACAACAACAUCAAAUAAACGUUGUAAUUAAUGUAUCAACUACAAUUCCAUGUUAUUUUGAAAAUGAAAACAUAUUUGAAUAUCGUCGAGUACCAUGUCAUGAUUCAUCUCAUCAAAAUAUACUUCAAUAUUUUGAAACAACGUUUGAAUAUAUUCAUCGAAAAUUAUCAAUAAACGAAGUCAUUCUUGUACAUUGCCAAGGUGGUGUUAGUCGUAGUCCAUCAUUUAUUAUUGGUUAUUUAAUGAAAUAUCAUUCGAAAACAUUUGACGAAGCUCAUCGUCUUGUGAAAACUAAACGAUCUAUUAUUAAUCCAAAUUUAAACUUUCUUGGGCAAUUGACGCAAUAUGAACAAUUGUCGACUAGUGCUUAG